AUGUUAAUCAAAGAUUGCUUCGUCAGAGGUGGUAAAAUACCAACGAAUGGCUCCAGCGGUGUGCAGCCAUUCACACCUCAUGGCUCCAGCGGUGUGCAGCCAUUCACACCUCAUGGCUCCAGCGGUGUGGAGCCAUUCACACCUCAUGGCUCCAGCGGUGUGGAGCCAUUCACACCUCAUGGCUCCAGCGGUGUGGAGCCAUUCACACCUCAUGGCUCCAGCGGUGUGGAGCCAUUCACACCUCAUGGCUCCAGCGGUGUGGAGCCAUUCACACCUCAUGGCUCCAGCGGUGUGCAGCCAUUCACACCUCAUGGCUCCAGCGGUGUGCAGCCAUUCACACCUCAUGGCUCCAGCGGUGUGGAGCCAUUCACACCUCAUGGCUCCAGCGGUGUGGAGCCAUUCACACCUCAUGGCUCCAGCGGUGUGCAGCCAUUCACACCUCAUGGCUCCAGCGGUGUGGAGCCAUUCACACCUCAUGGCUCCAGCGGUGUGCAGCCAUUCACACCUCAUGGCUCCAGCGGUGUGCAGCCAUUCACACCUCAUGGCUCCAGCGGUGUGCAGCCAUUCACACCUCAUGGCUCCAGCGGUGUGCAGCCAUUCACACCUCAUGGCUCCAGCGGUGUGCAGCCAUUCACACCUCAUGGCUCCAGCGGUGUGCAGCCAUUCACACCUCAUGGCUCCAGCGGUGUGCAGCCAUUCACACCUCAUGGCUCCAGCGGUGUGGAGCCAUUCACACCUCAUGGCUCCAGCGGUGUGGAGCCAUUCACACCUCAUGGCUCCAGCGGUGUAGAGCCAUUCACACCUCAUGGCUCCAGCGGUGUGCAGCCGUUCACACCUCAUGGCUCCAGCGGUGUGGAGCCAUUCACACCUCAUGGCUCCAGCGGUGUGCAGCCAUUCACACCUCAUGGCUCCAGCGGUGUGCAGCCAUUCACGCCUCAUGGCUCCAGCGGUGUGCAGCCAUUCACACCUCAUGGCUCCAGCGGUGUGCAGCCAUUCACACCUCAUGGCUCCAGCGGUGUGCAGCCAUUCACACCUCAUGGCUCCAGCGGUGUGGAGCCAUUCACACCUCAUGGCUCCUACUGA